GUCGGGGCAGCAUUAUAGUGACUGGUGAAUUCUGUCUGAAGAAGCUGCCAGAUGUGCUUGUGAUCGAUCUUUCGCAAGCAUUAAUGCGUGCCGCGCACGGCGUUGACGGUACAGGGAACUCGUCCACUCCGUGGCAUGGGACAUCUAUUUACUGGUAGUCAGCCAUCUGCCGGCGGCUCCACUCACGGCGCAUCCUUGGGAUCUACCGGCAGCGUCCAAAGAUAUCACAGCGAUCCGCAACGAUCGGCACCAGGCAAAGCACUGUGUGAACUGCACACCUUUCGGAGGUGUCGUCGUCCCAGAGCUGUAGGCCAGAGCAACUACGUCGUGCUCGUCCUCGACGCCCGCCUGCGGAUAGGCUCGAGAGCCAUACUUUCAAUCGUAGGUGCAACCCCGUUCGCUCGUCCUAUCGAAUGGAGGACUUGCUUCCGCGGCACUAGCGUCAGCUUCCUCGAGGAGCAGAAUGUGCGGACUAUCCUGGCGGAAAACAACAUGCAUAAGCGGAAUGAACCCUCGAUCCACGACGACGCAGUCGACGCCGGCAUGGGUCAAGAUGUAGUCUCCAUCUUUUGGAGGGAGACGAUGGUUCACAGCGACGCUGACGCCUCCUGCGGCGAAGAUGGCGAAGAUGGAGGCGGCAGUCAUUGGAGUUGUGUUAUAUAUGUGUCACGCUCUUCGGCACAAAAAGACAAGGUCGUGUCGUCCGGUUGUCCGCUAUCCAUGGAUGCCUUGCCAAAAAGAGACUCGCCGGCAUGUGCUGUACGUGAACGUUGUAUAGGGCUCGCAAAGCUGAAGCGACGCAAUAUUGCGCUCCGGCUUUUUUCUGUACACGGAGAUGCCAUUCUUAGGACGCCGCUUGUCGCAAAGUUUAGUAUCCUGAUCCGUCCCUCUAUUGCAAACCUGUUCUCUUGGUCCUUGGGCUAAUGUAAGUUCUGGGAUCGGAGUUCUGCCUGGUCUUCCUUACAGUCGCCGCAGCA